AUGAGUUCUUCAUCAACUUCAAAUCUCCGCCCAGCCGCAUGUUUCGAACUUUUUGGUGCUCCAAAAGCAGCUCUUCUAACAGUUUCUAUGCAAAUUCUGACAAUGUUACUGGAAGUUGCUGUAUAUUUUAUUCUGGAAUCCAAAGGAUAUUUCGUUAGCAAUGAAGUGUUCAGAAUGGUGAUUCUUCCAGUUGCAACUGUUUAUAUCGGUGGAGCGAUUCUGGCGGCUUUUGGUGUUUUGACGAAAAGAAAAAUGCUGAUCACUAUUCAUACAACAAUCACAAUGACGCUGAUGCUUCUUACUGAUAUUCUUGCUGUUUCUAUUAUUCUUUUAAUGGCUAUUGGAAAGAGAUCUUCCUAUUUGAAUGAGCUUCCAGGACAUUUUGUAAACGAAAGAAAGUUUUAUAGUGUUCUCGGCCCAUUUUGGAUGUAUCUCGGAGCCAUUUCUCUGCAUAUUACUGUAGCUGUCAACAUGGCAUUUUUACAACCAUUGAAUGAGUUCUACACUUCUGUGCAGAAAGAAUCCGAGAUGGCCAAGUUAGCACUUCAAUCGAAUUAUUCAAAUGAGGAAAAGACAGCAAAGAAACAAGAAAUUGAAGAUCAAUAG